UGCUCGAUUUAGAUGCACCAAUAGCACCUCGGUGCUCCUGGCAUUAUGAACGAGAAGGGUAAGACUGACACUUUUGCAGCCGCGGGACUCGUGGUCCCCAGAAGCUUUAAAUACGCAUGGUUAUUCACACUCCCUCGACCUGCGUCCUUAUCGUCAAUCAGUCAACUCCCAACAAGACAAUGACAAUGAACGGAAGGGUUUACGACGAGAAAACAGAAAGACUCUUCCCGGCGCCUUCCCCUCCGCCGACGGCACUCUGUCCCCAGAGGUUCCCAGGAUGCAACCUCGAAUCAUUGACUGCGGUGCGGCACGCAUUGAUGGAUAACUACACCCGAUAUCAUAUCUUCUGGAACGAUAUCAAGUUCCACAACCACGUUACCCAUCGAGCGCUUGCGAUAUACGCGUUAGGAGGGAGCGGCCCCGUAAUUGAAGCGUUCUACAAGCAGGACGUCAAGGUUCAGAGAGCUGCUUUUGUAUCGCCCCACCCCAUCACAGCGCAGAAUUUCGUUGAUCAUCUCAGUGACGCAAACUACUACGAAGCAUAUACCACCUUCUUUGCCAAUGCCAUCGAAGAGAAGGGCGCCUCCGCAACCUUGGAUGAAUUCAUCUUUUCCGAGAAGUACAACUUUCGGCCUGGCAGGGACGCGGAUAGCCAGCCGGAAAUGUUGUGCCGAUUUGUGGAUGCAGUCAUGCAUCCUUUGAUUCAAUGUGGACAUGGCGUCGAGUUUGGCUUGCCAGGCAUGCUUGCUGAGGGGCUUUCGUUGACGGCGAUGCACGGUGUUCAUGCCCCGGGAUUCCUUCCACCAUCAAUGUUUGCCGCCCAGCCUAGUGACGACAUAGGCGCCAUGAUGAACGGUUUUGCGUCGUUGGUGCUUGAUGGCCAGUCCUCUGCGACACAUCUCAAGGCACCAAGUGGACAGAAUACCCACGCUUUCUCAAUUCUUGCCCGAGUUCUCAAGGACCCCAGCCUUGCCUCGAAAGGUCCACGCCACUUCACCGGGCAAUAUCCUGACACCCUUAAGGCUCGCGGAUACAGAAUUAGCGAGCACGUUCAGAAAUGGACGGUAGAUCUCUCCAAACCUGGAGAGAUCGAACGCAAGAUGGAAGAGUGUGUUUGGACCUCCACCGUGAUUUAUGCUCUCGCAGGAUGGAGAAAUGGUUUUACUGCCGAUUUCUUCCUGAUGCAUAUGGUCACUUCAAGUAUCUUCCUCCCUUCGCUCAUCGCAUACUUGAAUCCUCGAGCACAAGCCAUGCUUCUCCGCGCAUACCUCACAAGUGCUGUCACUUGGUUUGUGGCACGCGGCCGCCCCUCCCUGAACUUCAAGUCCUUCUUUGAGUCGACGCCUACGGUGCCGAACCCCCCGAAUAGCCCCACUGUCCCACCAGUGGAAGGUAUCCCAGCACAGGAUGCGCAGACACCCAACCCCUUCCUUUCUCUCAUCCAAUCAUCUAUAGUGCACCCCAGUGACCAUUACCCAAAGACCCAACGAGCUUUGGCACACUUCUCCACCAUCUACGGGGCCCGGCCCAAAGGAUACUUUGCUGGCACUGAACUAGAUGGGGCAGAGGAACUUGACGGCUCGUUGUUCGUGCGAGCAGCCGUGCUGACUGCGGAUUACAUGGGAUGGGCCAGAGAAGGGGAAGAGGCGAGAAAUUGGGGUCUCGACGGGUUCUAUGUGUAAGUGAGGAGAUUGAAGCGCGACGGCUAAUAGCUAUUAUAUCUGGAGCAAUGAUGUGGACUAGUUCAAGAUGAACCUCACUUUCCUUCAUGUGUAAUGUUCGAGGGAAAUGACCAAGGUUCUUGACAGAAAUAAUCGGU